GUGCCGAACUCAAAUACUUCUCCAAUCUCUCCGAGGGUUACCUCAUUGUUCUAGAUUCGUGUCCGAGUUGUGUCCGAGUUGCACUUGAAAGAGGCUCUUCGUCCAGGCCUGACCGUUGUAAUCGUACUAAUGGCUGCUUGGAUGCGUCACCCGGACAAUCGCCUUAGGUGCUACAUGCCUUCUCACAAGCGCAAGACGUUCGAACAUGACGACAUCUCCGCAAUCGCACGCGACUCUCAUCCUCCUCCUGCAGCCCAUGCAAAGCGUCGCAGAUGCGACGUCCUCGAGCACGGUCUCGCGCAGCUCUCAUUGGAGAACCAUGUCGAUGGGCGAGCGUUCCCGUCUGCAUCGCGUUUUCCACAGGGCUGUAGUGGCGUUACAGUAAAAGACUCGUCUUUUACGCCUCUGGCAUCGAACAAUAUCCGUCAACCGAGCGGAUGGGCGCAACUACCACAAACAUCAUGGCCGACACCCGCGCCCUCCUAUCCGACGUAUUCCGGGGUGUCUCAACAGCCCAUAGUUCUCCCGGGCUCUAUCGAGGAGCCGACGUCUUCUGAGUCCACAUACGAACUGCCAGAUGUCCAAAUGAAGAACCGAUCGUGGUAUGAGCCAGAGAAAGAUCGCAUCGUCAUCACCGAUCUCGAGGGCUCGGACACGGAGGAUUCAGAGUCGGAGAUACCUCCGAAGAAAGAUGGCGAGCUAACCGUUUCGCCAGCUCUCCUUGAUCGACUCUCAAAGCAAGCUAUGACGCUACCGUCUGAUAAUUUUCAAGAGUCAGACACGAGCAAAGCUCUAGUAUUGUUCAGACCACUGAUCGUGUCACACGUUACCGAACCUGAAGAUGAUGUACGGGAAAGCGAUAAGAAGAAGGAGGAUAUCCAAGCGGCAGUCGUGGACGAGGACGUCCCAAUUUUGGACGUGGAUGAUACGAUGGAUGCUCAGGCGGAUGAUGCAAUGGAGAUAGAGCUGCUGUAGCGAAGUGAAUCAUUCCAUUUUGGCUGAAGCAGAAGUACAGGGGCGUGCUACUUGAGGAGCGCACCUAACUAGAGAAUCUAAAACCAACCUAUCUCGCUGA